AUGAGGCGGAGAGGGCCGGAGGAGGAGGCCUGCGGCGUAUGGCUGGACGCGGCGGAGCUGAAAAGACGGAAAGUUCAGACACAUCUAACCAAACCAGGCACCAAAAUGCUAACACUCUUUCCUGGAGAGAGAAAGACUAAGAUUUCUUUUACCCAAAGAAGUGCUCCACCAGCAGGCAUUCGGCAGACCAGCAUUACUUCCUUCUUCACCUUGCAGUCAGGAAAGACCAGUGGUGACAACCAGACAAGUGUUUCAUCUCGUAGAGAAAGUCAGAUCAGCAAAGAGUCUAAGAAAAGUUCAACCCAGCUGGAGCAUUUUCUCCAGGGCUUUUGGGAAGACUGUGUGACAUCCCCUUUAGCUACUUCGACUCCUGCAGACAUCCAGGGUGCUGGACUUUUUCCUUACUCCCUCCAGGAGACUUCUGGUCACCAUGGAAUAGAAAGCCCAUUUUUGCCUGACACCCCAAUCUGUGCUGGAGAGAGUAAAACCUCACUGGCUUUUUCCUUCACCCAGGACUUGGAAAGUUCUUGUUUGCUGGACCAAAAGGAGGGAAAGAGAAAGUCUUCUGGAAAUAGGAAAUGGCUUCAUGGAUCUAAGAAAAAGAGCUAUCAGGAUGUUGAGAGAUGCAUGAAACCUUCUGGGGACAAAUGCCAUCUGCCCUUGGACAAGACUAAAUUUGAAAGGAAGGUGUCUGCCAAAGAAAAUGGGCAGUCCCGUCUACUUCAAACUUACAGGGAUUCCUGGAGUGGAAAAAACACAGUGUCUGUGAAGCAAAGUCCUUGUCCUUCUGUUGUGUUUUCCUGGGAUAGUGAGAGGAGAGACAAGGACUCCUUGAGUCAGCUUUUCACUGAGGAUUCUCAGGGCCAGCGGGUUAUUGCCCACAAUUGGAGAGUUCCUUUCCGAGAUGUAACCAAUGAUUGGAAUCUGAGUUUAGGACGGUCUCCUCUAAGUCCUCAGGCUCAGUACCAGGGUAGGCCUGCUCAGUUAAGCCUGCAGCCUGAAUUGCUCUUUACUCAGGACUCUGAAGUCCAUGCUGUAGUGGCUUGUUGGCAAGACUGUUGCAGAUUUCUAACCGAGAGGCAGAAACAGCUGCAGUGA